AUGGGGAUUGUCCAGAAAAUAAUUUCAUUAGCUAAAAGUCUCGAGAAUCCGAAACACCCCUUAUUAGGCCCAUAUUUGAAAGGGCUUUAUGUUUACGGCUUGUGGCAAACUGAGAGCAAAUUUCGUAAUACAUUUUACAACUUCUUAUACUUUCUCGACUUUCUGUUUGUUAUUAGUCAACUCGUCGAAUUUUGGAUUAUAAGGCAUAAUUAUUUGGAAGCAUUACAUAACCUCUCUUUGUCGGCUUUGGGAAUGGUUUGCUUAUUUAAAAGCGUGUCUUACAUUAUAUGGCAAUCCGAUUGGAAAAAGUUGGCCGAAGGUAUUUCAGCUGAGGAAAUAACGCAAUCGGAAAACUUGAACGAUGCAUGUAUGGAUUUGAAGCAAAGCUAUACAAGAUACGUAAGGAUUCUGACAUAUUUGUAUUGGAACGUCGUCAUUUCUACUAUCAUAUUUAUGGUUUCGACGCCGUUUUUGAAAUACAUUACAAGUUCAGUUUACCGAGAGCAGAUAAGUAAUGGGACGGAGAAACUGCCGCAAAUUUUCAGCUCGUGGUUUCCAUUCGAUAAAACAACAAUGCCCGGCUAUUCAGUAGCGAUCUUCAUUCACAUACUAAUUAAUAUCCAUGGAGGGGGAGUCGUCGCGCUUUAUGAUUCAAAUGCAGUGGCAGUUAUGGUAUUCAUCAGAGGCCAACUGGCUAUGUUACGGGAAAAAUGCAAACAUCUCUUUGAUGACUACGACUCGGUGAAUCGUGAAAUAAUACUGGCUAGAAUUAUGGAGUGUCAUCGCCAUCAUAAUUUUAUCUUGAAACACAGCUCAUUGUUUGCCUCUUUAUUAUCGCCGGUAAUGUUUCUGUAUGUUCUUGUUUGUUCCGGCAUGAUAUGCUGCAGCGUCAUACAGUAUACUUCUGAAGAAGCAACGGCGGCGCAAAAAGUCUGGGUGCUGCAAUACACUACGGCUCUUGUUUCCCAACUAUUCUUGUAUUGUUGGCAUAGCAAUGAAGUACUUGUUGAGUCUCAAAAUGUGGAUGGCGGCGUGUACGAAAGUGAGUGGUGGAAGGGAGACGCACGUAUACGCAAGCAGCUGGCCAUACUUGGCGGGAAACUUACGCACAGCAUCGUUUUCAACGCCGGACCCUUUACCACACUCUGCGUGCCUACCUUCAUUGACGUAAUUAAGGGCUCUUACAGUUUCUUCACGCUUCUUACACAAAUGCAAGAAUAACUGCGUCGCUAUACAUUUACGUUUGUGUACUUACAUUACUUCCAUUUGCGAAAAGAAAAUAAAAAUCACAAUCUCA